UAAUACAAAGUUCUUAUUAUAAAUUAAAUUAUAAAAUUUUACGUACACUUGGACAAUGGCCAUAUCUUAAUAAAUCAGAAAAAAUAAUCAAAAUUUCAGCGAUUUUACUUUGUAUGCUAUCAUUAAAUAUUCCUAUGUUUUUGGGUCUUUUUAAAUCUCUAGGCAAUUUAAAUUUAACAAUGGAAUGUAUUUCUCCAUUACUCAUUAUUAAUAUGUGCAUUUUAAUGUGUUUAAAUUCUAUAAAUAUGGAUAAAAAGUUAUCGAUUAUAUUGGAGAAAAUAGAAAAAGAUUGGCUAAUAUGGUCGACAGAACCAGAAAUUGAAAUUUUGAAAAAACAUGCACAAGAUGGGAAAAAAUUUCGUAUAAUCUAUUUUGCAUUCAUGAUGGGAUUAUUGAUUAGUUUCUUAUUCAUGCCGGUAUUACCAAAAAUUUUGGACUGGAUUCAACCACUUAAUGAAUCAAGAGAACUUCCUCCAAUUCUUUUUACAGAUUAUAGAUUUUUCAAUGAGGAAAAUUAUUAUUUUCUUAUUUUUCUACAUAAUUAUAUAGGUACAUUUUGGGCAAUGCUAAUAAUGAUAAAUACUGAAAUGAUAUUUAUGAUUUGUACUCAACAUGCCUGCGCAAUUCUUGAAGCAGUGGGGACAAAAUUGACGAAUCUUGUAAAUAAUCAAUGCACGCCACAGCGAAAUAAAAAUUUUAAAAAGAAAAUUGAUUACGAUAUUAUUUUUUGUGUUAAACAGCACAAAAAAUUGAUUACAUUCAUAGAGGAUAUUCAUAAAUGUUUUUCAAUUAUAUUUUUGAUACUAGUUGGUUUCAAUAUAUUAAGUAUAAGUGUAACAUUAGUUCAGGUAUCAAUGAAAGUCGAUAAUCCUACAGAAACUUUUAGAUUUUUUACUGAAACAUUAGGACAAGCUAUUCAUAUAUUUUAUCUCACUGUACCAUGUCAACAAUUAAUUGACAACAGUAUGAGUCUUACUGAUUCAGUAUACAAAUCAAAUUGGUAUUUAUUACCUAUACACUCUCGAAAAUCAUUACUGAUGAUUAUGAGAAGAAGUUCAGAGCCACUUGAAUUUAUGGUUGGAAAAAUAUAUACAUAUUCAAUGAGAAAUUUUGGAAUGGUGAUAAAAACUUCAAUUUCUUAUUUUACCGUUCUUGUCUCUCUACAAUAAAAUAUUAACUCUUUAUACCUCAUUGUACUCUAAUACCUUAACUAUUAUCUUAAAAUAAAAUAAUUUUUA